CAAACUUUCGGAUAACCUUUAUAAAUAAAGCACCUACCAACCUAACUACCAAAGUAUAAAAAACCUUAUUAGUACCAUACCAUACCUAACCGAUAAGUAAAAUACACAGCAAUACCCAUGAACCGCAGCAUAACUAUUCGUGCCACGCAGGCGCUUCGCCACCGUAUCGCUCUUCCAUCAUGCCGUCAUUUUCGCGCUGACUUCACCACUGGACCCAACUCCUCGUCUAGCUCAGGCCCUGGCUGUAGCACUGACCCUGGAUGUGGUAGCUCCAGUGACGGCUCUGGAUCUAAAACGAAAGCCUCGGAAUACGAUAAGCGCAAAUUCCAGCAAGAGUCAUCAAAAAACGACAUUGAACCUCCAUUCGAUGUGCCGAGCGGCGUGCCCAGCGGAGUGUUCCGGUGUACUGAGAACGAAUGCCUCGGCCCAUGCGCGGGCGCACACAAAUGUGGCGACUACAAGAACCCCGAGUACUUCUCGUACCACAGCACGAGCUUCGCGGACCUGAACCUGGCGCUGCAGCGGCACCGCCUGCCCGUGCCCGACGCACGGAGGAAGCGAUAGGUACGCACUGACCUAUCUGACCUAUCCGGGGACGGGUUACCUGCUUGACUUA